AUGAGGAGAUCGAUUUCUUCGAAAGCGAAAUCGUUUCUUCAUCGGAAUCUUCUGGAGAGAGGUAAUCCCGGAACUUCUCCGUCGUUUAGCAUUUGCGAUUUCUGCUUCUCGAGACGACGAGCUUAUUCUGGUGGUGGCAGUGAUUACCGAGAUAUACUGAGAAAUGGGCUUCGCUGUAUGAAAUUAGACGAUUCGCUUGAGCUCUUCUUUCACAUGGUCCAGUGUCGUCCUCUUCCUUCAAUCGCUGAUUUUAGUAGAUUGCUGAGUGCCAUUUCCAAGAUGAAGAAGUACGACGUCGUGAUCUAUCUCUGGGAGCAGAUGCAAAUGUUGGGCAUUCCUCACAAUCUCUAUACCUGCAAUAUCUUGUUGAAUUGUUUCUGUCGAUGCUCUCGACUCUCUCUUGCGUUAUCGUUUCUCGGGAAGAUGAUGAAGCUUGGUCAUAAGCCCAGCAUAGUCACGUUUGGCUCGCUUGUCAACGGAUUCUGCCGCGGGGAUAGGAUUCACGACGCCUUGUCAAUGUUCGAUCGAAUGGUGGAAACGGGAUACAAACCCAACGUUGUAAUCUACAACACACUCAUUGAUGGUCUUUGCAAAAGCAAGCAGGUGAAUCACGCAUUGGAUCUUUUGAACCAAAUGGAGAAAGAUGGAGUUGUUCCGGAUGUAGUUACUUACAACUCUCUCAUAUCUGGCCUUUGUAAUUCCAGAAGAUGGAGCGAUGCUAUACAGAUGGUAAGGUAUAUGAGCAAGACUGAUAUCGACCCUGAUGUAUUUACUUUCAACGCGUUGAUCGAUGCUUGUGUGAAAGAAGGAAACUUUUCAGAGGCUGAAGAACUGUACGAGGAGAUGACCCGGAGAUCUCUGGAUCCUGAUAUUGUCACUUACAGUUUGCUGAUCAACGGGCUUUGCAUGUACAGUCGCUUAGAUGAAGCGGAGCAAAUGUUCGAGUUUAUGGUUAGCAAAGGUUGUUUCCCAGAUGUAGUUACUUACAGCAUUCUCAUUAAUGGUUUUUGCAAGUCGAAGAAGGUUGAGCAUGGGAUGAGACUUUUCUGCGAGAUGUCUCAGAGAGGAGUGGUUAGGAAUACAGUCACCUACACAAUUCUUAUCCAGGGUUAUUGCCGAGUGGGGAAACUUAACGUUGCUGAAGAAAUCUUCAAAGGGAUGGUUUUUUCUGGCGUGCUUCCUAAUAUCAUCACGUACAACGUUUUGUUACAUGGUCUAUGCGAUAGUGGGAAGAUAGAGAAAGCAUUGGUGAUACUGGAGGAUAUGCAAAAGAGUGGUAUGAGUGCUGAUAUAGUUACAUACAAUAUCAUCAUUCGCGGGAUGUGUAAAGUUGGUGAGGUGGCAGAUGCUUGGGAUUUAUAUUGUAGCCUCGACCACAAAGGACUUAUGCCUGAUAUUUGGACAUACACUACGAUGAUGUUAGGAUUGUACAAGAAAGGCCUGCGGCGUGAAGCGGAUGCUCUGUUUAGAAAAAUGAAGGAAGAUGGGAUUUUGCCAAAUGGGUGCUAUGUAUAG